AUGAGUCAGAGUAAAGACAACAAUGUCCGACUCAAGAGCUACAAGAACAAGUCGCUCAACACUGAUGAAAUGAGAAGACGGCGGGAAGAGGAGGGCCUGCAGCUUCGUAAGCAAAAGAAGGAUGAACAGCUGUUCAAAAGGAGAAAUGUUGCCACGGUGGAAGACGAUGGUGGUUCGGUGGACGAUGACGGAAUGGCUGAUAGCGGCUACCUGGAGUCCCAGGUGAACAAUGUGGACCCGCUCACAGGUGGCAAUAUCUCUGAGGAUAUGACUCAGAUGAUCUUCUCCGUUAGUCCUGAGCAGCAACUCAUUGGCACCCAGCGAUUUCGUAAACUUCUUUCUAAAGAGCCCAACCCGCCCAUUGACGAAGUCAUCGCCACUCCGGGCGUUGUGGAGCGCUUUGUAGAGUUUCUGAAGAGGCGAGAAAACUGCACGUUGCAAUUCGAGGCCGCAUGGGUACUGACCAACAUCGCGUCGGGCACCUCACACCAGACCAGGGUUGUCAUCCAAGCCGGCGCCGUACCCAUUUUUAUAGAGAUGCUCGGCUCCGAUUUUGAAGACGUACAAGAGCAGGCUGUUUGGGCUCUGGGCAAUAUAGCGGGAGACAGCACGGAAUGCAGAGACUUUGUCGUCGACUGCAACAUUCUGCCUCCGUUGCUGCAGUUACUGGCCAAACAGACUCGUCUAACAAUGAUGAGGAACGCGGUGUGGGCGCUCUCGAACCUGUGCAGAGGGAAGAAUCCUCCUCCUGACUUUGCAAAGGUUUCCCCGUGUCUCAGCGUGCUUUCUUGGCUGCUGUUCGUCAACGACACGGACAUCAUGGCCGACGCGUGCUGGGCUCUCUCCUACCUCUCGGACGGCCCCAACGACAAAAUCCAGGCUGUCAUCGAUUCGGGGGUUUGUCGCAGGCUGGUGGAGUUACUGGUGCACACUGAUUACAAGGUGGUAUCUCCGGCUCUUCGGGCUGUCGGUAACAUUGUCACCGGUGAUGAUUUUCAGACGCAGGUCAUCCUAAACUGUUCGGCACUGCAGUCCCUGCUCCACUUAUUGAACAGCCCCAAAGAGUCCAUCAAGAAAGAAGCUUGCUGGACCAUUUCUAACAUCACCGCAGGGAACAGAGCGCAAAUACAGAUGGUGAUUGAUGCGAACCUGCUGCCGCCUCUCAUCAACAUCCUGCAAGUGGCAGAGUUCCGCACAAGAAAGGAGGCGGCAUGGGCAAUAACCAACGCCACCUCGGGGGGUUCUGCAGAGCAGAUCAGGCACCUGGUGGACCUGGGCUGCAUAAAACCCCUGUGUGAUUUGCUGACUCUGAUGGAUUCUAAAAUCGUGCAAGUGGCCCUCAACGGCAUCGAGAACAUUCUGCGGCUAGGCGAGUUGGAGGCCAAGCGGGGGGGCAACAUCAACCCCUAUUGCGCACUCAUCGAGGAGGCCUAUGGUCUGGACAAGCUGGAGUUCCUGCAGGGCCACGAGAACCAGGACAUCUACCAGAAAGCGUACGACCUGAUCGAGCGCUACUUCAACACGGAAGACGAAGACACGUCGCUGGUGCCCGCCGUGGACCUGCAGCAGCAGCAGUUCCUCUUCCAGCAGUGCGAGGCGCCGAUGGAAGGCUUCCAGCUAUAA